UAGGGUAAAGGUCACUUUCUGUCCCAUCGUUUCAACGAAUUCUAAAAAAUGUCCCACCCUAACCAUAAUAUGAAAACGGUACCCAACCUAUCACAAUUUUAUCACGCGUGUCCCGUAAAAAUUUUCCGGGAAUCGGAAACUUACGUGGAUUGCCGGACUUACACCAUGGCAAUUCCACGUGGACUCAUUUAAUCUAGGUGGAAUGAUUUUUUUUUUGCAGCCAUUUUAUUAACCCUAAAACGCAGCACACUUCGUCUUCUUCUUCUUCUUCUUCUUCUUCUUCUUCUCCUCUUCAAAGAACACAGCACUCUUCUUCAAAUCGCAGCCCUAGUUUCAGACGCUGCACUCUUCUUCAAAUCGCAGCCCUAGUUUCAGACGCUGCACUCUUCUUCUCCUCUUUCUUAUAUCUUAUUGAAUUUUCAAUUUCUCGAGCAAAAUCUCUCAACCUAGAUCAUAGAAUGGAGAACUCUUACAGUGAGGAGUCUGUGAAUUCAUUUGAGAGAAAGCACUGCCGUCAUGGAGAAUGUAAUCUCCUUCGAUCAUUUAGUACAGCUAAUCCAGGUAGGAGGUUUUGGAGAUGUCGAUUUGGAAAUUUGCCGGGUGAUUGCAAGUAUUUUGUGUGGUACGAUGAGCCAUUUGAUGGAAGAGCAAAAGCGGCUCUACUACAUUGCAUACGGAAAAGCAACGUAUUGGUUGAGAAGGAGCAAAAGGUUGCAGCCGAGAAACUUCAAGAAUUGAAGGACGACCUAGAGUUCAAGAUGCAUAAGUAUCGUGUUGAAAAUAGAUCAUUGAAGAAGUCUUUGAAGGAGACGAAGUGUAGACUUCAUAGUUUGUGUUGUGUAUUGAUUGUAACAUAUGUGUUUAUGAUGCUUUGGAUUUUAGGAGGUCGAGUUGAGUUUGUAUCGAACACCCGUCGUCGUCUUCCUAUGUAAAUGUUAUGUUUAAUGAAAUUUAGACUUUCAUUACACAAA